UUCAAUUGUCUCAGCAGAAUCAGGAAAGUACUGCAAAUGGCAAAGAGAUGCUCUCCAACCCCAAGCUCGUACCAGUCCAGGGGACUCUGAGUGUAGUGAUGAACCAGAACGUGAUCCUGUCCUGCCACUCUGACUCUGGAGCUGCACCUGUCAGAUACACAUUGUUCAAACAUAACCAGCAGGUAUCCUCCCUAGACAGGUCAGACCUGACCCCUGGGCUGUUUAACCUGACCAUCAGCUCUGCCAGUGACCUGGGUGCAUACAAAUGCAAAGCUGAGAAUAACAUCUCCAGUGGUGGGAAAUACAGCAACAGCCUCAACUUCACCCUCAUAGAGCCAGUCUCCAAACCAGUGCUGAGCUCACCCACCUCUCACACCAAGAAGGGGCAGAACGUGACCCUGUCCUGCCUGGCAGAGAAUGGAUCUCUUCCCAUCACAUACAUCUUCUUCAAGGGAAAGCAAAACAUCUCUCCCCAGAUGACGAUGCAGAGGAGGGAACCAGCUGUGAUUCUUCUCUUUAUCAAUUCCUCUAGUGACUCUGGAACCUACAAAUGCAAAGCUAAUAAUAGUUUUCCCAGCAAUACAAAAUACAGCAACAGUUUCAACUUCACAUUAGCAGAAGAGAGAAGCCAUUCUCAGGCCCUGAUCAUUUCUCUUGGGCUGAUCCUGCUUCUACUCGUAAUAGGACUUGCUGUGGCAAUUCCAUUUCUCAUAAUUCCUUCAUACAAAGCAAGAAGAUUUAGGUCUGCCAGGUCCUCAGCUGGUCUUCCACCAACUGGGGAUGCAGAGGAGGCUGAAAACGACGUCAUAUACACAGAGAUUGAGCCUGUUAAACCAGAAGAAGAAUACAUCAACUUUUCUGUCAUUAGAAGAGAAGAUGAAAAAGCAGAGAAGAGGCUUUGUGGCACAGUCUAUUCACAGGUCCUCAUCAGAGACUGAGCACCAGGUAUGAUCUCUUUCCUGAUUAACUUCAUUGCACAGUUUUGA